AUGUCGACCGAUAUCAAAGCCGAUGCCUUGCUAGAACUUGAGAUUCUAGCUUCAUGGGUUUCCCAGAGCGAGAUGAAGGAAGCAAAAGGGAAAAAGAAUCUUUUGGAAUGUGUGGACAAGGCCCGUGAAACGAAAGCGCGGCCGUUAUUGGAGAAGCUGGGAUAUGCUACAAUACGGGGCCAUUUCGCUUUGCUUUUGCGAAUAUGCGGAAAGGCUUCGAUUGAGAAGCCCGAAGAUCGAACGUUGUUAUUCUUCCCCCUGUCUGGAAACGUGCAGGUUGCCGGCGAAACCCUUAAACCGGGAAACUACAUUCAGCUCACAGAGACUUUGGAUCUUGACGUACAACUGGAUUGUCUGAUUGUCGUUCUACCUUAA